AUGGAUUAUGAUAUGCAGGGUACUCAAAACUAUGGCCCAGGACCACAAGGCUCCGGUUUUGGUGGCAAUGGUGGUGGUAAUGGACAAGAGUACGUGGUUUUCGAUAGGUCUACUGAGGGGUUUUCUAAAGGCACUUUGGAUAGAUCUACUGCAGCAAAAUUGAAAUUAGAACACUUUUAUAAAGUUACUUUGGAUCAGGCAAGAGAACGAAACGACCGACGUAAUGAACUUGAAAAAAAGCUUGAAAAAGAGGACUGUUCGGAAGUACUAAAGAACAGACAACUUCAGUCACUUGGACGUAAAGAAUCGAAUUUUUUAAGACUUAAAAGAACAAGGCUGGGGUUAGAAGAUUUUGAUACAGUCAAAGUGAUCGGUAAAGGCGCGUUUGGUGAGGUUAGACUCGUUCAAAAAACUGAUACUGGGAAAAUAUAUGCUAUGAAGACGUUAAGAAAAGCUGAUAUGUUUAAAAAAGAUCAGUUGGCCCAUGUCAGAGCCGAACGUGAUGUUCUUGCCGAAUCGGAUUCUCCAUGGGUGGUUCAAUUAUAUUAUUCUUUCCAAGAUGCAUCAUAUCUUUAUCUUAUUAUGGAAUUUCUACCCGGGGGCGACUUGAUGACCAUGUUAAUUAAAUACGACACUUUUUCGGAGGAUGUAACAAGAUUUUAUAUUGCUGAAUAUAUUAAGCCUGAUAAUAUUUUGAUUGAUAAAGAUGGUCACAUUAAAUUAUCUGAUUUUGGUCUUUCUACGGGUUUUCACCGAACACACGACUCUCAAUACUAUCAACGACUUUUGGAUGGAAAUCUAAAUAGUGCUGGUCAUAGACAAUUAGGCAGUGAAGCUAAUAUUAACUUAACAUUGUCAAGUAAAGACAGAAUCGCUACAUGGAAAAAAAAUCGAAGAGCCUUGGCUUAUUCUACUGUAGGUACUCCUGACUAUAUCGCACCCGAAAUUUUCCUACAGCAGGGCUAUGGUCAAGAAUGUGAUUGGUGGUCACUCGGUGCUAUUAUGUUUGAAUGCCUGGUUGGUUAUCCUCCGUUCUGUAGUGAAAGCGCCCAUGAAACUUACCGAAAAAUUAUUAACUGGCGAGAUCAAUUAUAUUUUCCUGAUGAUGUUCAUUUGAGCUCUGAGGCUGAGGAUUUAAUUCGGCGUCUUAUCUGUGCGCCUGAACAACGUCUAGGUCAACGUGGUGCCGAUGAAAUUAAAUCACAUCCAUUUUUUGCUGGAGUAGAUUGGGAGACUAUUCGUAAUAUUGAGGCACCAUUCGUUCCUAAUCUGAAAUCAAUCACUGAUACUAGCUACUUCCCUACAGAAGAUCUGGAAAAGAUUCCUGACACACCUCAGACAACUGAACGCACCUCAAGUGCUACUGGUGAAUUUAAUCAAAAGGACUUAGCUUUCGUCG